AUGACAUCUUGGCCAGGGGCAUGGAAUCGUGUAUCCCAGCCGCCGUUUACGGCAGAGUACCAUACCAACACUAGAAGUGAAGUCUGCCUUCCCAAUAUUUCAUUUGCUCCAACUUCACGACUGGAGUUAAAAAGAGAGGCUCGAGCAUCAAGUUCCACAGCAUCAGAAACUCUGCAACCAUUAUCGCCACUUCCCUCGGGUGGUUUUGCUCCAAUAACGAUACCAACAGCGCCAAUAUUCGGCCAUACCGGACCAGACAUGGUAGAUGAUGGCGAUCAAGCCACCCAAAACGAGUCCUGGUCACCACAAAAUCUCCAACAAUGGAACGAAUAUGAUGCUCUCACCGAAUCAUCCGUAGCAUCCUUCCCAAUUCAGUACUCCCCUGGAAUAGAUGAGCAAGCCAACUGGUAUCGCAUGCCUGCGCCACCCCACGAAUCAGUCCAUGAGACCAGUGCCAAGGUGGCAAAGCUUAUAGGGGAAGUAUUAAGUACCCAUGAAGAUGUGUCAGCCAAACGCUCUCGGAUCCGGGAAAUGCGGCAUACGCUUCGACAGAAACGGGAUGAAGAAGAUGAUGUGCGGGUUGCACUACGGAGCAAGUUGAAUCUCAUAACUGCCGAACACGUAAAUGAGGAUCUUGCUGCUAUCAAUCACACCAUCAACGACCUCCAGGUUGCGACAGCGUCUUAUUUUAUCCUUGAAAAUGAGUAUCAUAGACAGGAAGAAGAGCUGGCCCAGCUGGAGCAUGAUUACAACAGACGCUUGGACACAUUGCAAACCAUCUUCAAGGAUCAAGGCGGCUCGUUGGCACACUUCCAACCCAUCAAAUCAGACACCGAAUCUUCCUCGGCGGAUUACACCUCGGAGUAUGAAGACCAAAAUUUGCCCCAAGUGGAUGAUUACCUUGCCAUGGUUGGCGAGGCGCGCAUACUCGCGGAACGGCUGUCGGAGCUAAAGACAGAAUACCUGGUCCUAGUUGACCAACGCGAGCUCCGCGAACGAGUCGGUAUCCCACUCGAUAGCGUGGCUCUCAACUUCCUCCUUCGAUAUCAAGAUGAAAAAACCAAACUUGAGACUGAGCUAGGACAAGCCCGCCAUAAAAUUGAGUCGCACCCGGAACAUGCCAAUCGCUCUGCAGGGAUCGCAGAAGAAGAAGAUAAUGAAGAGGAGGUGAUACAGCAUUUCAUGCCCGAAAUACCAGAGGAUCAGAUAUAUAAUGAUCCGCUGCAUUCGUCGGAAUUUGAGGAUUCUUCGCCUUUCUUCGCCUCCGCUCAUCCACAUCCUGUCAACAAAGGCACUUUUGUGAAUCGAUGGCUUCUUCAUCGGCUGCGGCACUCGAGAGUUGAGAUUAUGCGGUUCAAGUCUGCACCUGAACUGAUAGAUCUGGAUAACAAGGGCUGGGGGUCAGAAAAUAUUAGCAAGAUGGCGAUGAUGCUUUGGUUUCAAGACGGUGCGGCGAGCGUGGAGCAUAUUAGGAGUCAAUCAGCUAGAUAG